AUGCAACUAGUCCACUACAGACACGCAUUGCUUUCACCAAAAAAAGAAGACGCUGAUUUCCUGCUCAAGCAAAAGAAGGAUCUAAAUGAUUUUAGGCCUGGAAGGGUUUACGAGGCUCUUCGUGCGAUUUUGGAUAGCAAACUUAAUAAAGCAGGUAUGGUAGGAGCUGUGUAUGUGAAAACUGAUCAAGGAGUUUUAUUUGAAAUUAAACCCCAUGUUCGUAUACCAAGAACAUGCAAGCGCUUUUGUGGAGUCAUCUUGGAGUUACUAGGGCAUAAAUGCAUUCGUGACAAAGAUACAAAUGAAAUUCUUAUGCGUGUCAUUGAGGAACCUGUGACGCGACAUUUACCUAUCAACUCUCGCGUCGUAGGUCUCUCUUAUAGUUCAGAAAAGUUGGUUGACAUUGAUGAAUAUGUUAAUUCUGGCAGUGAUGAAUUAAAUCUUGUUUUUGUGGUGGGUGCAAUGGUCCAUGGGAAAAUCAGUAAGGAGUAUACAGAUGAUUUCGUAUCAGUUUCGAAUUAUCCAUUGAGUGCGCAAUACUGCAUAGGGUUGAUUUGCGAGUCAUUGGAGCAUAAAUGGAAAAUCUUCUGAUAUAUAUA